AUGGAAGACCAAGGCUUAAGCUUUGCUGAUCAGUCCCUUGCACUCAAUUCUGCAGACGAUGCCAAACCUAUUGUAACAGCCAUUGAAAAAUGUCCAUACUUGAUCUAUUUCAAUCUUCAAGGAAAUACACUAGGAAUUGAAGCAUCUAAAGAAAUUGGUUUAGCUCUUGGUAAACAUGGUUCUAAUCUUAAACGUGCAUUAUGGCAAGACAUGUUUACUGGCCGGCUCAAAUCUGAAAUUCCUAUUGUAUUAGAGCAUUUAUCAACAGGUUUGUUAGCAGCUAAUGUACGUUUAUCUGAACUUGACCUAAGUAACAAUGCUUUUGGACCAAUUGGAAUGGAAGGUUUAGUUAAGUUAUUGAAUUCUCCUGUGUGUUAUGAAUUACAAACUUUACGUCUAAUGAAUAAUGGAUUGGGUAUUGGUGGUGCUAAAAUGUUAGCAAAAGCAUUGCUUGACAAUUAUGAAUCUAGUUGUGCAGCUGGUUGCCCCUUUAAACUUAAAGUAUUAGUGGCAGGAAGAAAUCGUUUAGAAAAUGAUGGUAUUAUUGCAUUAUCACGAUUUUUUAGUGUUGUUAAAACUAUGGAAGAAAUAACUAUUCCACAAAACGGAAUUUAUUGUAAAGGUAUAUUAUCCCUCUCUAAAAGUCUUUUAGAAAAUCCAAAUUUAAAAGUACUAGAUGUUCAGGACAAUUUACUGACUCCUCUUGGAGCUGAAGCAUUGUCUAAUGUAUUGCCCAAACUUAAAAAUUUAAAACGUUUAAAUAUAGCUGAUUGCCUAAUAAAAUCCAGAGGUGCCAUUGCGAUUGCUGAAGCUUUAAAUGUACAUGAAUCACUUGAAAUCUUAGAUGUUAGUUAUAAUGAAAUAAGUGGUGAAAGUGGUUUAAAAUUAACUGAAACUAUUAGUCUUAAAAGCAGUCUAAAAGAAUAUAAUAUUAAUGGGAAUAGAUUUGGAGAUGAUGUUAUUGAACAAAUAUCAGAUGUCCUAAAAAAAUCAAAUAAAGAUAAUAUAUUGGGAUCCUUUAGUGGCGAUGAAGGUGAAUGCAGCUCAGAUGAUGAAGAUAAUGAUGAAGUAGAGGAAGAAGAAGAAAGCUCAUCAGACAAUAAUGAUGAUACAACAUUAACAAAAGCAAAUACUUCAGACAAAUUUGAUGAUGAGUCUGUUAGUCUUAUUAAGAAUAUGGCUCUAGGAGAUUUAAAACCUGACAGUCAUUCAGAAAUAAUUGACAUAGAAACAUUUAUAGAUCAGCUCAUGAAUGUAGCUGGUAAAUAUUCAAAAGAUAAAGAAACAUUGAAUAAAUGUUUUGAACUUUAUAAAAAAGCAUACUCUCAUGCCACAAAAACUAUGAAAUUUUUAGACCUUACUAACUUAUUACUAGUAAAACAUGGUUUAAUCAAAAGUGAAGAUAAGAAUUACCAAUUGAGAAAAGAUGUUGGUAGAUGUUUGGAAGUUCUCAGAGAAACUGUUGAAAACAAAACUAUUAUACCAGAACCAUCUCAAAGUGUUUUGAGUUUUAUGUUAAAAAAAAAGUAUACUGUUUAA